UGGUCCCUCAGUUCCGGUUCGGAAAUCCAACGUACGUUCCAGAGCCUGUUCUGUCUGCACCAGCACCUUCUAACGCUCGGCCUCUCUCUCAAAUCCACAUUCUGACAAGUCCUACAAGCCAUCAAGAAGAUUCUGAUCGAAUUCAUUUCUAUUUCAGGAGAAGGAGAGAGAUGAGAAGAUCAAAUCACACGAAUUUAAUCUCCUAAAUUUCUCUCACUGCAAUCAAGGCUAUGAGUCUUUACAGGAAAGCGAAGCUAGCAAUCGAUGCCUUCCAUGGCGUCGCUUCCAAGAUCUUGACAGCGACAGCCGACCGCCGAGCCGUCCCUGCUGCAACAAAGGCCGUCCGGGCGGCAGAAUCGAUCUCCGGUAAGAAAAUCCCAUCUGGGUUUUUCUCUCCUUCGUCCAUUUCUCCCUUAAAACCCAGUUUCACCCGAUCAAAACAAAAGUACGGCAUCUCCGCGAGGCGAUUCUACUACAUUGAUCGAUACCAAGUUCAGCAUUUCAAGCGUAGGGGGCCCCAGCGCUGGUUCCAGAACCCGCGUACGGUCAUUCUCGUCGUUUUGGUCAGUUCUGGCGUCCUGAUCACCGUAUAUUACGGGAAUCUUGAGACUGUCCCUUACACCAACCGCACCCAUUUCAUCCUCCUGUCGAGGAGCUUGGAACGGCAGAUUGGAGAAGCGGAGUUCGAGAAGCUGAAGGCUAGUUGUAAAGGGAAGAUCCUCCCGGCCUUGCAUCCGGUGAGUAUUAGAGUGAGGUUGAUAGCAAAAGACAUAGUCGACGCAUUGCAACGAGGAGUUAGGCAUGAGCAGGUAUGGAUUGAUCCUUCGUAUGCUUCCGAAAGGCCUGAAUUUGGUGACGUCUCUCUUGAAGGCUCUAAGGAAACUAUAGCAGCAUUGAGAGGCGAGGAAGGGAGGUUGGAGGGACAAUGGCAUCGGGAGGAUGAGAUUCUCGAUGAUAAAUGGAUACUGCAGAGUAGGAAGGCGGGCAAGAAGCGUGGAUUGCAGCCCUCAACCCAGCACUUGGAAGGACUGAAUUGGGAAGUGCUAGUUGUAAACGAACCUGUUGUGAAUGCUUUCUGCAUUCCGGGCGGUAAGAUAGUUGUGUUCACGGGGUUGCUCGAUCAUUUCAGGACUGAUGCAGAGUUAGCUACCAUUAUUAGCCAUGAGGUGUCACAUGCCAUCGCACGGCAUCCUGCAGAAGGGUUGACAAAGAACAUGUGGUUUGCAGUCCUACAAUUGAUUCUUCUCCAGUUCAUUUCCAUGCCUGAUCUUGUCAGCGCGAUGUCACAUCUUCUCCUAAGGCUUCCUUUCUCUCGGAGGAUGGAAAUGGAAGCAGAUUACAUUGGGCUGUUAUUGCUAGCUUCAGCUGGAUAUGACCCACGUGCGGCACCGAAAGUAUAUGAGAAGCUGGGACAGGUGAGUGGUGAUUCCACAUUGAGAGACUAUCUCUCCACCCAUCCAUCUGGAAAGACGAGGGCGAAGCUGCUGGCUCAAGCCCAAGUCAUGGAAGAAGCACUUGCGAUAUAUAGGGAAACCGUAGCAGGUCGUGGGAUCGAAGGAUUCCUGUAAUAAAGCACAUCAGCAUUUCUUUCCAUUCGGUUGCAGCGCCCCCAAUUUCUGUUUUAGGUGCACUACUGAAUUUUUGCUAUACAACCUGAUGAGGUGAUGUUGUGUGUAGAAAUGCAAUUUGCGUUGGAAUCAAAAGCCAGGUGGGCCGCACAUUCAGACAAAUUAAGAAUCCUCUUCUUGUUUGUC